CCCAGUGCGCAUCAGGUACUGGUCUCACGCUAUAUAAUACUGUGGACCAGAGAGGAGCGCAGGACAGGAGCACCACCGAGGUGACUGAAUCGCAGGACAAGUCAAACUAUGGCCAAAAUGAUGAGAUCGUGGGUGAUGUUCGCGGCUCUGGUCGUCUGCCUGCUGGUGUGUUGGAGCAGCUUCGCGGACGCCUACCCGCCCAAACCGGAGAGCCCCGGGAAUAACGCCUCGCCGGAGGAGUGGGCCAAGUACCACGCAGCGGUCAGGCAUUAUGUCAACCUCAUCACCAGACAGAGGUACGGAAAAAGAUCUUCCCCUGAGGAGGCAGUGGCUUGGCUGCUGUUUGGCGCUAAUUCCAACCAAGAUGAGCCACGCUCUGACUAUGUUGACACAUGGUAAAUGAGCCCAGACUGACCCUAACCAGCCACCCAGUUCCCCAACCCACCAAUCAAAACAUUUCUCAAGAGAGCACGUGCACUGGCCACUGGACAGUCUCCAUAUUUAAUUGUCUAAUGUGCAUGCAAAUGAGCGUCUCUCUUCUUCUGUUUAUUGGCUUCGGUCAGUAACUGGAUGUAUUUGUUCUUUCUCUAAAAUUGUAAAUAAUUUGUAUCUUUAAGAGUCUCUUCAAAUUAAAGAUCUAAGUGGAAUAAAAACAACGUUUGACAUACUGGC